CACCAGCACCAGCACCUCAACUGUCUGCGAUACCGACCUUUCUGUUUCCUCGACCAAGCUUCGUCCGAAUACAUCUCCCGACCCUUCCUCACACCCAAGUGUGCCCUCGCCUCUUGUUCCGAACCACUACACCUACACGUUUUCCUUCGAAAACCCUUAGGGUGUAGAUAGAAGCCGAUAAUUGAAUAACGCAUUCGACCCUGAAAAGAAAGAAAAAGAAAAAGAAAAAACUUCUCCCGCCAAACCCUCCCAAGUGAAAGACUAUAAAGUACUAAAGACAUCAUGUCUGCCUCACCUUCGCAAACAACCAACCCGGCCAAGCGCCCCCUCGAGGAUGCCUCGUCCCCCUCGGCAAAGAACGACCAGCCCGAAGCUAAGCGUCCUGCUCUCGACAAGGUCAUCAAGAACGGUGACGAAGACGACGAGGAGAAACCUGCUACCCCUGAAGACAACGCCCCAACUCCCCCUGCGGAGACCAAUGGUACAGUCAAGGCCGAGACCACCAACGGAGAGAAAACAGAGGCCAAGGAUGAGCAAGGCGAUACCAUUGUUCCAGACGUCAAUGAAGCCAAGGCCGCCGGUACCACCGUCGCCAGUACCACAGCUGCCUCUAUCCCACACAGCACCAACACCCAUGACGAGACGGCAUGGAUUCAUAUUCGCGCUGUCAUCUCGAGCCCCGAAGCUGCCACUAUUAUUGGUAAGGGUGGCGAGAACGUCAGCAACAUUCGCAAGCAGUCUGGUGCCAAGUGCACGGUUAGUGACUACCAGAAAGGCGCCGUGGAGCGUAUUCUUACCGUAAGCGGCGUCGUCGAUGCCGUUGCCAAGGCAUUUGGUUUGAUUAUUAGAACACUCAACAACGAGCCGUUGACAGAAUCGUCCACUGCGCAGUCAAAGACAUAUCCACUCCGGUUGCUGAUUCCCCAUGUGUUGAUCGGCUCCAUCAUUGGAAAGGGUGGUAUGCGUAUUCGCGAGAUUCAAGAAGCAUCUGGAGCUAGACUCAACGCAUCCGACUCCUGUUUGCCUCUGUCCACUGAACGUUCCCUCGUGGUCAUGGGAGUUGCUGAUGCGGUGCAUAUCGCAACCUACUAUGUCGGAAGCACUCUCUUGGAACAGCUUAACGAGCGGUUCGGGGGUCCUGCCGCGUCUGCAUAUGCGACACGGAGUGGUGGCCCUGCUGGUGUUGUGCCAGGUGGCAUGCAGGUUGUCCCUUACCAGCCUCAACCGGCCGGCGGCAGUUUCGGGCAUCGUGAGAACUACGGCAGACGUCCUGACCCGCGAUCUCAGCACUACUUGCCUCCUAAUCCGUAUGGCGCCCAUCAACAGCCACCCUACGGAGCUGUACCUCAGCCAGCGGCCAGCGCACCCAUGCACUAUGCUCCUCAAGCUGCUGCAGGCGGGUACGGUGCCGGACCUCAUAUGCCUCCUCACCAGGGCGGCCAUGUUGGUGCUCCCCAGCCGCAUGGUGCCCCGCACGCUCAACAGCCCAUGCCCGGUGGUGGUAUGGCUGGCGCUCCCCUAACUCAGCAGAUCUACAUUCCCAAUGACAUGGUCGGUGCCAUCAUAGGCAAAGGAGGCCAGAAGAUUAACGAGAUUCGACAAAUCAGUGGAAGUGUCAUCAAGAUCAAUGAGCCGCAGGACAACAGCAAUGAACGGCUCGUCACGAUCACCGGUACUGAGGAAUGCAACAGAAUGGCGCUAUACAUGCUAUAUUCCCGACUCGAGAGUGAAAAGCACCGGAUUUGAUGACUUGCCAUGACAUUCCUACCAUUUGUUGUUUAUGGCUGUGUCUUCACAGCCGGCAGUUGCUCCCUUGGGCCUGGGGCUUGCAGUCUCUAUUUUUGAAGGAAUGCUUUCGUGGAUAUGGCGUAAGGUUAGAUGGACAACCAAAGGCUUGGUCAUCACAGAAAAAGGAAUUU